AUGCACUCAUCUUUUAGCUCCUCAUCUUCCACAUCGUCUACAUCCUCGACGAUAUCAACGUCAACAAGUUCCAAAUCUACGACGACCCACACUGCAUCCACAACUAGUUCCGCUCCUAUCACCUCUGGCACGACAGGCAUAGCCGCAAAUCCUUGCCCCGGCAAGAACUUGACAACGGUCACUGGCUCUGAUGGCUCAAUCUUCACUCUACUCUGCGCUGUUGACUGGCCAAGAGGAGAGCCGGCUUCAUCUGGCAAUGGAACAGUUAAAGAUCUUACUCGCAGCACUCGUUAUACGCUGCAAUCUUGCAUUGCAGAUUGUGUCGAUUGGAACAAGGAUGAUUCCAAUGAUUCUACAUGCAAGGGUAUCAUUUAUACUGCCAACCUGACAGCGGCAUACAAUGGUGGACAGGAUGGUAAUUGCUUCCUGAAGAGCACUGUUGGCGUCUACUAUCCGAACAGUAAUACAUCAAUGGCUGCAGGGAUGUUGGGAGCUUAG